AUGGCGCCAAGAACUCGCCCAAUUGAAUUGAGGCACAACAAGCGCCUGGCAGAGGCAGAUGCUGAGCAGCAGGGGACGGACGACGGGAAUGACAUGCAUACACGACAAGCACGACGCAACGCCCGGAACAUCGCACCACGCCAUGAGCAAGAGGAUGACUCGCAGGCACGACAAGUACUUUGCAACACACGAAACACCGCACCACACAACGAGCAAGACGACGAAAGCGAUGCAGAAGCCCUAAAACCACCUCGCACGGGCAAACGCAACCGGCCGUUGACGGCGAAAGCUCAGCUUCUCCAGGCUGCAGCGAAUGACAGGAACGACCGCGCUGCCGCUGCCAGCGAGGUGAAACAAGCGCGGGAGCGUAGCAAGCGUGCAAGGCACUUUGCACGAUAGUUGUAGGGUGGAAGUAGUAAGUCUUCGUUGCUCUAGAGCUACC